AUGUAUGACCCGUUUAAUAUAUUCCUAUUGAUUUGCGAGAUAAUCUACUGCGUUGUUGCACUAUUUGUAAUAGCUAUGAUGUUGAAGAGCAAAGACAAGCUAUUUCGGACGGCAUUUUUCAAGAUAUUUAUCGCUGGCGUCACUGCUGAUGUCAUUUCCAUCAUCGCGAAUGCGGUUCUGCGACAUUUACAUCUCAUCCAUUUUGGCCCAGACGAGAUGCCUUACCGAUUAUGCAAUCUAUUCUCAGCAAUCACCUACUACUGCUUUUAUUUUAGUCUAUUAAUAGCAACAAUUAAUCGUUUGACGGCUUUAGUAUCGGACCCUGCGUUUCAUAAGAAGUUGUGGAACAAAAUCGGUGCGUUUGCCGCCGGCACACCCUGGCUGCUGGCGUUUGCAUGUAUGGCUUAUCGUAUACCGAUCCCAAUCCUUGUCGUGCCGUUAGAAGAAGGAGGAUAUCAAGCCCGUGGGAAUAUACUUCCUUAUUCCACUAUAGCUCAUUUUGUUGGGAUGACCGUGGUUAUUGUCGUGUCAACGGCUUGUGCGGUCAUGAAUACGAUCCUUAUAAUCCGUAUCAUCAAGAAAGCUCCCGGAAAAGGCUCCGAAAAGAAGCUCGUUAUGCAAACCGUUGUCACCUUUGUGUUCAGCUUUCUCAUGUCGGCGGAACAGAUGCCUUACCGUCUAUGCAACCUAUUCUCGGCUAUCACCUAUUAUUUCUUCUAUUUUAGUCUGCUCAUCGCGACAAUGAAUCGUUUUACAGCCCUCAUUGCGGAUGUUGGUUUCCAUGAAAGGCUUUGGCAAGAAAUAGGAAACUAUGUGGCCAUCAUGCCAUGGAUCUUGGGAUUCGCAUGUAUGGCUUACCGUAUUCCAAUUCCAAUACUUGUCGUGCCGCUUGGUGAUGGAACCUAUGAGGCCAGAGGGAAUGUUCCUCCAUUUUCCGCGGAACGUCGAAAAUCUACUACAAUGUCCGAUCUAAAUUCGAUCGUGGACACGGAAAUCACGUGGGAUAUGGUGGAACAUGAUAUACAGCUUCAGUACAAGACGUCCGCCAAGACCGGCCCGAAGCGUUCAGCUGUACACCUCGGAGAUCACAACGGAUACAUCUCAAAGUGCGCACUAAUCACAUUUGACUGGACGAAUGACCAAGAAAAGCUUCCCCGUCAGGGCAUUGUGAAGAUCGUUUUCAAAGAUAAAAUACAACAGCUAUGCGAUAUCAAUGGCGCCUACGAUGACGCGGCGCUGCAAGCGAGAAUUCUGAACGACACCGAACUACAAGUCUUUCAAGCCAUGACUGAUCUGGGCAAAACGCCCGAAAUUCCGCUUCCACGCUUUGUCUCUGGACGACCUUAUGGGGUGGAUGGCCUUUCAGCAGGGUAUCUAAUCGUCGAGAAAAUUGAUGAUUUUCACAAUGUACACAUCUACGAAGACUUGGAGGAAAGCUCCGCUCUAGCUGGCGUGAAAGUUUUGGCAGAGAUGACGGUUUUUUCCCUGAACAAUCCGGAAGCCGUGCGAAAAUUGGCCGAGAACCAGACGUUCGAGAUUAAUUUUGGGGAUUUUGCUUCGAGAGCGAAAAUCGAGCGCGGCAUCGGUGCGAUGGCUGAAAAAUAUAAAAACAAAUAUGAAGAGAUCCAAUCUUUGAAAGCUGUAACUCAUUGUUUUGAUACGAUCGAGAAGCUGGGGGAGACGAUGACCAAAAAUAUUCGGGCUCCCCUCCUUGUUCAUGGUGAUAUGUGGCCUGGAAAUAUUCUAUGGUCCAAAGGAGCAGAUGGAAAUUUGGACGUGAAGCUGGUGGUCGAUUGGCAGCUUGCCCAUAUCGGAAAUCCUUGUGAGGAUUUGGUGCGAUUUCUAGCGAAAGGGUUGAGUGGAAAAGAAUAUGCGGCUCGGCGGGAUUUCUAUUUGAAAGCGUUUUAUGAUCAAGUGGCUGCAGGAGUAAAUAAAGCAGUGUUGCCUUGGAAAGAUCUAAAUGAGUUCAUCGCCGAGUACGAACGUAUCUUCCCUAUCAUAUUCUUGAUUUGGCUCCCGCCCUUCAUUUUGUUAGUUACUGACGAGCAGAUCAGAGGAAAGGGACCCGACGCGGAGCAGCGGCUGCUAAAUUUCCGGGCGAAAUUCCGGGGUAUGGUCGACGAAGCGGUGCGAUGCAUGAAAAGGAGAUAC